ACGGAGAGGUCAGACGUCUUUCGAACCCGGAACAUCAACAAGGUGGAGACGGCGGCGCACAGACCCGCUCGGGGCGGAGCAGCCACAUCCGCGAAUCCUCCCCCGGUUCCGCCGACAUGUUCCCCGCCGUCCUGCCCAGCGAACGUGUGCCGGUGGCGGCUCUCUGCCUGCUCCUCACCCGCCUGUCCUGCUCCUCUCUGUCGGUACCGGACGUCCCGCACAUCGCCGCCUACUUCGGGACGAAGACCCGCUACGAGGAGGUGAACCCGCACCUGCUGCGGGACACGUCCUCCGUCGACGCGUCCGUCCUGAGACCUCCGGCCGCCGAGCGCUGCUCCCCGGUCCACCUGACCGCCGUCAUCCGGCACGGCAGCCGGUACCCGACCGUCAAGAACAUCCGCCGGAUCCAGAAGCUGAGCGAGCUGGUCCGGACAGAAGCGUCCCGGGGCCCGGCGGGCUCGUGGCUGCACGACCUGCAGAGCCGCUGGGAGAUGUGGUACACCGAGGACAUGGACGGUCAGCUGGUGGCGAAGGGCCGGGACGACCUCAGGCAGCUGGCGAGGCGACUCGCCGCCUUGUUCCCGUCGCUGCUGUCGCAGGAGAACGUGCUCGACCGGAGGAUCAGGUUCCGCAGCAGCUCCAAGCAUCGGUGCGUGAGCAGCGUGGAGGCGUUCCAGGAAGGACUGAGGGGGCGGGGUCACGACGGAGACGGGUCAGGCGACUCGCCUGAGGUCACGGAGUUCAGCCACGAGGUGGACGACGAGCUGAUGCGUUUCUUCGAGCGUUGCCGUGGUUACGUGGAGGGCGUGGAGAAGAACCGCACAGCUACGGAGGAGGUGGAGAAGUUCAAACACGGGGCGGAGAUGGAGGAAGUGAGGAGGAGGACGGAGGAGAGACUGGGCCUUCAUCACCACCGCCUCACACCAGAUCUGCUCGAGGCUGCGUUCUUCCUCUGUUCCUACGAACUCUCCAUCAAGUCUCUUCACUCGCCGUGGUGCUUCCUGUUCAAUGAGGAUGACGCCAAGGUGCUGGAGUACAAGUCGGACCUGAAGCAGUACUGGAAGCGCUCGCACGGUCACGUGAUCAGCGGCCUGUCCAGCUGUCCACUGUUCCAUCACGUGUUCCGGUCGCUCGACAAGGCCGGACGUCCCCGCAGGUCGACGGAGGCGUCGCCCGAGCCUGCCUCCAUCCUGCUGGGUCACGCAGAGACGCUCCUCCCCCUCCUCUCCCUGCUGGGACUCUACAAGGACCAGACUCCGCCCACCGCCAGCAACUACCUCUCACAGCAAGGAAGAAGUUUCCGGACCAGCCGGAUCGUACCGUACGCUGCCAACCUGCUCUUCGUUCUGUACGACUGCCAGCGAGGCCCCCGGCUGCAGCUGCUCAUCAACGAGUCCCCGGCUCGAUUCCCGGGGCUGGAGGAGGACGCGCCGCUGUACCGGGACGUCCGGGCCUUGUACCGCCACCUGCUGGACGGCUGCGACUUCCACAGGGAGUGUGAGGGGAGGAGCGGCAGCAGAGCACCGAACACUGAGCUCUGAGAGGUGAGAGUGACUCGCCUAGCCCCGCCCAACGUCCGAAUAACGUUAGCAUGACGGCGACAUCCGAAUAACGUUAGCAUGACGGCGACAUCCGAAUAACGUUAGGAUGAUGCCGAUGAAACUCUUCUUCUGCAGUGGUUUAUCGUCAGCAGCAGAGAAGAUGAGAUGUUUCCACGACUACGUCUCUGACUCCUGAUCUGGUUCUGGUGAACUGACCUUUAACCUUUGACCUGUGAACCAGGGCCGAGGAGGAAACACUUCAGGUUCCAUCAUGAAGCUUUAUCUUUUUAUUUAUUCUGAUUUUUAGGAUCAUGUGAUUUUCUACGGGUUCAUCGGAGCUUCCUAUGGGGGAAGAUUUUCACAAUAAAACUGUGGUUGGUGUUUGUGCUGAUGGAAACUGAUUUUUCUGUCGUCAGGGUGAAUUUUUCUCUUUUCUGUUUUUUUGAACCGCUUCAGAUUUUUAUCAAAAUCCUUUUCAGGUUGUUUCUUGCCAUUUUUCCUGUGAUACCAAAAGUUUCUUAUUAAAGCUUUAAGAAAAGGU